AUGGGUGGCGCCGGCGGUGGGAGGAACGGGGUGGCGACGAGGCGGUACAACAGGUCCAAGGUGCCCAGGCUCAGGUGGACCAGCGAGCUCCAUCGGAACUUCGUCCGAGCCGUCGACUGCCUCGGUGGCCAGGACAAAGCUACUCCUAAGCUAAUUCUUCAGCUCAUGGAUGUCAGAGGGCUUACCAUUGCUCAUGUCAAGAGCCACCUUCAGAUGUACAGAAGUUCAGGACAUGACAUUAGAAAGAGAGAGGUGCAACCACGGCUAGGACAUCUGAAGCAUUCAUUCGCCAUUGAUGAGGGAGGCCCCAAGGAAUUCAUCUGCCCACCCAUGAAAAGGGCAGAGGCAGGGCCAGAAGCUGAAGCCACGGCCACGCACGAAAGCAUGCAGGGGAACAGUGACAUGGGGGCUCCUGGCACCCGGCGCUGCGGCGAUGAUUACACGCGAACGAUUCCCAUGGGCAGCAGCAGGAGGACAACCGACGGCCUCGGCGGAUGGCAGUGGCAGAGGGAUGCCGCUCGUGCUGCCACAGCCACUUCCACCCUGCGAGAUCUGGGAUUUUGGGUGCGAGGAACCGAGGAGCCCUUCAAGGUACGGCAGAGUGGCAGGUCCAUAGCGAAUCGUCUCAGCCCUGUGGUGAGGCAGCCAUCUUCCAAGGAGAUCAAGUGCGAAAACGGACGCUUCUUGUGUGGCACUGCUGCGAUUAGAGACGAAUCGGCCAGGAGACGUUCACCGUCGCGACCGUCGGCCUCCUCCAUCGACCCAAAAGCUGUGGCCGCUGUCUCCUGGCCCAGUGAAGAAGGCGGCUGCAUCCUCCCGCCGUUGUCGUCGUCGACCAGCUUGAGUGCAUGCUCAGGGCCGUCAGGCAGCUGCAUAUUCGCCAGGCAGAGAAGAGUUAACUUGGACCUGUCCCUGUCCAUAUGUGGAUCAUAG